AUGAGUGCAAGAAUACUCCUUCGUUCAACCAGUGGCCCAGUUGUGCUGAGAAUACGGGCGUUAUGGCAUGCUACUCCAAUCAAUGCAAGUAUCCAACGAAGCCCAGCGGGCAUCCAUCGAUGUCAUUUUGCAACAGCUACACGAGUCCCGCCUUCUGAACAAGGAAAUAUUUCCAGUAAGGCCAUUCAAGAUGAGAAAUUUCAUCAACUUAAGCAGGUAGUGGAAACACCUCUUUUAAGGCUUCAAGACCAACUCAAGUCAAACACAGUCACGUAUCCAUUGAAUUUGAUAAAUGAAGAAUCGGAUUCUUUCAAACAUUCUUUGAUGAUAAAAUUUAGAGAGAAUAUCAAUCGUCAACUCGAGAGCUUCACAUAUGAUAAAUCCAAAAUGACACCCAUUUCACGGAUUACUUUGGUAGAUUUCAUAAAUCCUAAAAUCGAACAUAUUACUCAAUUAAUAUAUUUGAUUAAUGCUGGUAAAUAUCCUAAAAACUUUUUGGAAUUUAAUAAAUUAGAAACUAAACAAGAUUUAUUAUUACAAAUUUUUGGCCAAUUAUUGUAUCAGGAAUAUUAUGUUCAAAAGAUUGAAACAACUCCUUUUGAGGAAAAGGAAAUUGAUUUUUCAAAUCCUGCCCAAUGGUUUCCAUUAGCAAGAAAAAUGAAGCGAAAACUUAUCAUGCACGUUGGUCCCACCAAUAGUGGUAAGACCCAUCAUUCACUUCUUAAGUUAUCUCAAGCAAAAACUGGUUAUUAUGCUGGGCCAUUAAGAUUAUUAGGACGUGAAAUCUUUGAAAGAUUCAACAAACAAGGGAUUGCAUGUAAUUUAGUUACUGGGGAAGAAGUGAUUCCUAGACUUGAUCGCCAUGGGAAAAUUAGUGGACUUACUUCUGGAACAAUCGAAAUGAUUCCACUCCAUAAGAAGAUGGACCUUUGUGUGAUUGACGAAAUUCAGAUGAUUGGAAAUGACGACAGAGGAGCUGCAUGGACAAAUGCAGUGCUUGGUGUGUUAGCUGAUGAAAUUCAUCUAUGUGGAGAAGAAAGCGCUAUUCCGAUAAUUAAACACUUAGUUAAAUUAACCGGCGACGAGCUUCAUAUAAAGCGGUUUGAAAGAUUAGGAAAGUUAACUGUGGAAGAUGAGCAUGCUACUCUUGACAGUUUAAAGAAAGGUGAUUGUGUUGUCGCUUUUUCUAGAAGAAAACUUUUAGACCUUAAGCAAAUGAUUGAGAGGACUACAAAUUUCAAGGUUUCAAUUAUCUAUGGGGCAUUACCACCCCAAAUUAGAUCUCAACAAGCUGAAUUAUUCAAUAAUGGUUCGCAUGAUAUUUUGGUGGCAACAGAUGCAGUAGGAAUGGGAUUAAAUCUUAAAAUCAAAAGAAUUGUGUUUUCUAACAUUGUCAAAUUUGGUUCUAGAUUAACAAACUCAGAAGCCAGGCAAAUUGGAGGACGUGCGGGUAGGUACUCGGCUAAAGAAGCAUUCCCGGAAGGGUUUGUUACCGCACUCGAUUCAAAGGAUCUAGCGUUUAUAAAGAAAUGUUUUGAGGCAGGUCCAGGUAAAAUACAAAAGGCUGGUAUAUGGCCGCCUGCUCAUAUUUGGCAGUACUAUAUGGUCAAUACGAAUCCCGAAUUGCUGAUCACAGCUAGCUUGAAAGAGUUUACAAAGAAAAUUCCGAAAUUAGAUCACUUUUUCAUCUGUGAUGGUAGUAUGAUUGAGAACGCCCGUCUUUUGAAAGACGAUUUACUUGCGAAAAUGUCGAUUCAUGACCAGUACACAUUGUCGAGAAUUCCGCUUCGAAAAGACGACGAAGCUGAGGAUGUUCGAGAAUUCAUUGACGCCAUAGCUUCAGCAAAAACCAAAACCGUCUUUGACUUUUCAUUUUUGGAUCUCAAGGUUCUCUCGCAAAUUAGUAUAAGAAGCACCAGCAUUGAUCAGAUCCUGGCAACAUUGGAAAAACUAGAGUCUAUGCACAGUCUAGUAAUUACGCUCAAAUGGCUUGCACAUAGGUUUCCAGAUAUUUUCGUAGACAGAGAAAGUCUUCAUGACAUCAAGCUGUUGAUCGAGAAACGAAUUGCUGAGGAAUUAGAUACCACGAGUAGAUGGAACAAGCUCGGAUGGACCAAUUUUAGAAGGGGCCAAAAAACUGUAUAA